AUGUGGCCUUCUUACGCUUGUGUCUUUGGGCUGUAUGCAGCCUUGCUUCUAGGCAGUUCAAACGCUGCGGCGUCGACGUAUUGGCUAGCAAAUAAGCCAAAUGUCGGGACGGUCGCGUUUCAGACGAAUCUAAACUAUCCCGUCUUUCGCAAUGUCAAAGACUACGGGGCGCGAGGCGAUGGCAUCCAAGAUGACACAGACGCCAUCAACAACGCCAUUUCGGCUCCAGGAAGUCUCAGCACCAUAACAUCAAAGCUCAAUGGCCGUUGCGGAGGAGGAAAUUCGACUGUAGGCUCAUUCUGUCAGUCUUCGACGGUGACUCCAGCCUUGGUCUACUUCCCUCCUGGAACCUACGUUGUCUCCAAACCAUUGAUCAUGUUUUACAUGACACAAAUGGUUGGCGACGCGGUGACUCCUCCCACGAUCAAAGUCGCAGCAAACUAUACCCAAAUUAUUGGUCUCGCUGUGAUGGAUGCAGAUAUCUAUAUUCCCAAUGGAGCCGGAAAUGAGUGGUAUGCCAACCAAAACAACUUCUGGCGUCAAAUCCGCAACUUCAUCAUUGACAUGACCACGGCUCCUCUUACUGCCGCCGGCAUCCAUUGGCAAGUCGCCCAGGCGACGAGUUUGCAGAACAUCGUGAUCAAUAUGGUGGCCAAAGAUGUCGUCAAUAAUGCGCAACAAGGCGUCUAUAUGGAAAACGGCUCAGGCGGAUUCUUCUCUGAUGUUACCGUAAACGGAGGAUCUCUGGGCAUGUACCUUGGUAACCAGCAGUUCACCACGAGGAAGUUGACUUUCAACGGUUGUGCAACCGCGAUCAAGAUGAACUUCGACUGGCUCUGGCUUUUCACUCAGGUCUCAAUCACCAAUUCCAACGUCGGCAUCGACAUGACCAAUGGAGGGUUUUCCAACCAGGCCACUGGAUCGGUCGUCGUUCUUGACAGCGUCAUAUCGGCCCAACAGGGUAUCCUAACGCCCUACGCCCCAGGCUAUAGCUCUCCUCAGGCUGCGGGGACGUUGGUCCUCGAGAGGGUUGAUUUUACAGGCAGUGUCGACGCAAUUUCUGCCGCUGGAGGCACUCAAGCAAGGACCGUUCUCCCCGGCGGACAGUUCAUCGACCUGUUUGCUCAAGGAAAUGCCUGGACCACUGCAGGACAAGGCUUGAACGGCCAAAGCUUCAACGGCACAUCUUGCACGUACGCCAACUCCAGUCAAACUGUUUAUGCUGCCCAGGAGACCACCAUUCAGAGACAACUCGCACCUGUUCCUCGCCCUUCCAAUUUGGUCGACAGUAAUGGUCAGUAUAUUUACCGGGUGAAACCACAAUACGAAACAUUGCAAUGGAGUUCGUUCUUGAGCGCAAAAGCCAACGGUCUUGCCGGUGACGGGCAAACAGAUGAUACCGUCGCGAUGCAGAACCUGUUCAAUCUCGCUGCGAGCACAAACAAGGUCGUCUACUUUGACAAGGGCGCAUAUAUUGUGACGAGCACGAUCAACGUCCCACCAACCCUUAAAAUGACGGGUGAAAUGCUUCCCAUCAUCAUGGCCACGGGGUCUUUUUGGAACGAUCAGAUGAACCCCAAGCCGGUGCUAAAGAUCGGCAACCCAGGCGACGUCGGUACGGUAGAGAUCUCGGAUAUCAUUUUCGAGACUCGGGGGCCAUGUCCCGGUGCCAUCAUCGUCGAAUGGAACAUCAAGGCUCAAGGCCCAGCACUGGCGGGCAUGUGGGAUGCUCACUGGCGUAUUGGAGGAUCUGCCGGGACGAAUCUUCAAAUGGACCAAUGCAUCAAAACUCCUUCCCAACCCAUCACUUCUGGAAGUUCUGUAUUGACGAACUGUAUCGGUGCCUUUCUAUUGUUGCACGUCACUCCUCAAGCCGAUGGGUACUUUGAGAACACUUGGGGUUGGGUGGCCGACCACGAAUUGGACAUGGGGACUCGUGACCAGAUUUACAUUUUUAACAAGGCUGGCUUCCUCUUUGAAUCUGCAGAAGGGCCGGUGUGGUUGUACGGCACUGCUUCCGAGCACAGCGUCAUGUACGACUACCAAUUUUCCAACACGAAAAACGUCUUCAUGGGUCACAUUCAGCAUGAGACGGCGUAUUACCAAGGCAACCCUGACGCCCUCCACUCCUACUUCACACCGCAGAGCAGCUGGAACGAUCCCACCUACUCGGACUGCACGGCGGCGAAUUGCGCCCGGACUUGGGGUCUUCGGAUCCUGAAUUCCAGUUCCAUCUUCAUGUACGGCGGUGGGCUGUACAAUUUCUUCGAGAACUGGAACACGCAGGCCUGCCUGGGCACCGAGAGCUGUCAAGAACGAAUGGUCGACAUCCACAAUUCCACCGACGUCUACCUUUGGGCUUUGAGCACGAAAGGGAGUCAAUUCAUGAUCAGUUACGAAGGUACCGACGUCGUGCCGUAUAGUGUGAACAGGGCGAAUUUCUGUGAGACAAUCGCCUUGUUUGAGUUGGCCGAGUCUCAGUGA